UGAAUGUUUGCAGUGGACUUAAAACUAAAAGAAAAAGUACAUUUACUGUCGUUUCAACAAAGUUUGGGGCUGUAGUUUUUGGAUGCACAAUUCUGUGCAAACUUGCAGUAGCUUUAACGACCUCGCGAGCAAGAUUCCAGAACAGAGCAGAAGCUAGCUAACGUUACUGUUGUGGAGCUAAAUCCACAAGAAGCAAGGAGCCAUAUAGUUGGGUAGUUUCGGGAUUUAGCUACAGCAUUAGGCUGGUGAGCCUUUUUCGGGACUGGUUGAAGACUUGUGUCUGUGCUUAGCUAGCUAAUAGUUCCCCGGCAGUAUUCGACCACUCGACACAAAGCUCAACUCGCUGGUUAGCUAGCUAACCAUAGCAUUAUCCACCAAGUUAAGAAGCUAGCUAGCACCACCGCACAGCCUGCCUUCCGCCGUGGUGCACUUCCCCCACUCUCCCUCCAGCCGGCUAGCCGCAGCGUUAGUCCGGUACAUAAAAUGAAGCGACCAUCAGCAUUUUGGGAAGCUGUGUGGCUGUUUGGAUUUUGCUGAUGUAUGAGGAGACGAUAUUGUUUUUGUGAGAUCUCUGUCAAGGAGGUCAAAAUCAGUACGGGGGAUGGACGAGCAGAAAUCAAACUGCGAAGAAAAUGACUCAGCUGAUGACAAUGCCCCUUCAAAGCAACUUGUCUCCUCUGAGGAAGAGUCCAAAGCCCUUUCUGCUGCUGAGGACGUGUCUGGUGCUACUGCAGCCUCGUCCAGCACUCCUUUAGAGAGCGUUCAAGCUUGUGCGCUUUGUAACUGUGUGGAGCGGAGCCUGCAUGGACAGCGGGAACUGAGACACUUUGGGCCAUCUUCUGAGCGGCCGACCCUCAAGCCAUCAGCUUCACAACUGCCACAGCCUGGAAAUGAUGACCUGUCUUCCAUUGGAUUUUCCGAUUCCCCCUGUCUGGCAUCACUCUUUGAGGACUCAGGGGGAUGUUUGGUUCAUUACUGGUGUGCGGUGUGGUCGGAGGGAGUAAAGCGGAUGGAAAAUGAGGAGCUGGAGAACGUGGAUAAGGCCGUUAUCUCAGGGACACAGCGGCUUUGCGAAUACUGCAAAAGGCUGGGCGCAACCAUUCGAUGCCAUGCUGAGGGCUGCUCACGGUUCUACCACUUCCCCUGCUCGGCAGCCAGUGGAUCCUUCCAGUCCAUGAAGCAGUUGGUCCUCCUCUGUCCAGAGCACAUAGACAAGGCAGAAGAGUUGGCAGGUGAGGAGGCUUGGUGUGCAGUGUGUGACUCCGCGGGGGAGCUCAUAGACUUGCUGUUCUGUACGGGUUGUGGCCAACAUUAUCAUGCGGCCUGUCUGGAGAUUGGCGCCACGCCCAUUCAGCGGGCAGGAUGGCAGUGCCCGGAGUGUAAAGUGUGCCAGACUUGCAGACAACCAGGAGAAGACUCCAUGAUGUUAGUAUGCGAUGCCUGUGAUAAGGGCUACCAUACCUUCUGUCUCCAGCCACCCAUGGAUUCUCUUCCCUCUGACCCAUGGAAAUGCAGAAGGUGUCGUGUAUGUACCGAGUGUGGUGUCCGUGGACUGGUGCUUCCAGGUUCGGCCCAGUGGUUUGACAACUACACCGUGUGUGAGGGCUGCCAGCGUCAUCGCAGCUCUAUGUGUGGCGUGUGCAGCAAAGCUGCCAACCCAUCUGUCCCUCUGCAGUGCUGCAGCAUAUGCCACAGGUGUGUGCACAGUGAGUGUGCUUUACCGGGGGAGCUUCCAGAAACCAGGUGCAUUUGCAGGCUUUGCAAGGAGGAUCAGCAGCAGCAGCCUGUCACUCAACCAUACAUAGCAGAGAUACAAACGAGAGAGGCGUCUGAGGAGACUGAAGGACACAUGGAUUUGACGGAGAUGACAAUCCAAACGGAUGCACACAUGGUGACAGAAGCGCAAACAGAUUUAUCAGAGGUGACACCAGGACAGAAAAGCACAUCAGAGAUGGGUCAGGCUGAGGCCACGACUGACAAAGAGACACCCAUGGACUUGGGGGUGGAGUCUGCAGUUGUUGAGACAACAGACGGAGAGAAAAUCAUGGAGGACGAGCUGCAGGUAGCAACAGAAAGAUUGACUUCUGAGGCGCCAGCUGCUCCACUUGAGUCCACAGAAUGUGCAACAAAAGAACAGAGAGCCUCUUGUCUACCUGUUGAUGAAGAGAAAGCAGAAGAGGCAGUCACCCAGGUGACUCAAGCAACCCCUUCCCAGGACCACACAGCGGAGACACAGUCUGACAACCCUGAAGCAGAACCAACACCGGUGUCACAGCAGGGCCCUGAAAAUAUGGAGGAGGAGAAGCAGGAGGCCACUCCCUCGGUGGAACAAGAAGUAUCACCAGAGCCAUUGAACAAUGGCUCUGAUGGCACAGAACUAUUCAGUAAGGAUCCACAGAAGUUACCAGCUUCUCCUUCCUCUGUGGACAAAACGGAGCAUUUGCCCUUGGAUAAUCGGCAGGAAAGAAGUUCAUGCCAGGACCCCCAGUCUCCUUCUCCUCUUUCUUUAUCUGUAGACACACAAGAGGCCCUCUCUUCUAUGGAAAUGGAGGGGAGGUUACUACCUCACUCUGAGGAGGAGGAUGAUGAUGAAGAAGAGUAUGAUGAGCAAAUGAAAGGAGGCCUUAAUGAGGACAUAAAGCAGGAACUGCAGGAGCAAGAGGUUAAGCGGGAAUUGCUGCUGGACGAGAUGUCCAAUAUGAGCCAUGGAGAUGAGAGCAGCAGUGGCUUUCUGGGCUCUCCAGGAGAAGCAGAUCCUCAGCUCUCCAUGGAGUUUGGCCUUGUACCUGCUGGCCGCUCACACACCGAUAACCUGCUCACUGAGACUGAUGACUCGCUUCCCUUUGAACCCUUCAGAAGCGACAGAGAGAAGGCAAAACGCAGAGGAUCCCCAGGCCGCUCACGGGUCAAACAGGGGCGAAGCAAUAGUUUUCCUGGGAAGCGUAGACCUCGAGGGGGUGGUGGUGGAGGGAGAGGGCGUGGUGGGAGGUCACGCCUCAAAGCCAUGGCCUCCUGCAUUGAUGCUUUCUUGCUAAGCAUGGCCACAGACACUGGACUAAGUAAGGAGGAAGAAGAUGAGGAAGAUGACACCAUGCAGAACACAGUAGUUCUUUUCUCAAACACCGAUAAAUUUGUCCUCCUCCAGGAUAUGUGUGUUGUGUGCGGCAGUUUUGGAAAGGGUGCGGAGGGGCAGUUGUUGGCUUGUGCUCAGUGUGCCCAGUGUUACCAUCCUUACUGUGUGAACAGCAAAAUCACCAAGACGAUGCUCCGUAAGGGCUGGCGCUGUUUGGAAUGUAUUGUGUGUGAGAUGUGUGGAAAGGCUUCGGACCCCUCCCGUUUGCUGCUCUGUGAUGACUGUGAUGUCAGCUAUCACACCUACUGCUUGGACCCGCCCCUGCACAAUGUUCCCAAGGGUGGUUGGAAGUGCAAAUGGUGUGUGUGCUGUGUGCAGUGUGGUUCUAACUCCCCGGGUUUCCACUGUGAGUGGCAGAACAACUACACCCACUGUGGCCCCUGUGCCAGCCUGGUCACUUGUCCAGUAUGCAGAGAGAACUUCAUGGAGGAGGAGCUGCUGCUGCAGUGUCAGUACUGCGAUCGAUGGGUCCAUGCUGUCUGUGAGAGUCUGUACACAGAGGAUGAGGUGGAACAAGCUUCCGAUGAGGGCUUUGCAUGCACAUCCUGCACUGCAUAUGUUCCAAAACCUGUGGUAGUAGAGUCAGCCAUUAUGGCUUCAAUAAAGAUCAAAGAGCCAGAACCCCAGUUCUACCGGUUGGAGGGUGUGUGGCUGACGGAGUCGGGUAUGUCCCUGCUUCGCAGCAUCUCUAUGUCUCCCCUGCACAAGAGACGGCAGCGUCGCUCCCGUCUCGGCACUCUGUGUUGUGAAGGAGGUCCUGAUGGAAUGGAUCUGAGGGAGGUUGAAGAAGGGGAGGAUGGAAAAGGCUGUGGGGAGCCCAUGGAAUGUGAAUCCAAGAUGGAGAACCCGGGGAGCCCUGACAGAGAAGGUGGCGCAGAUGGAGGUACUGAAGGCAUGGCUGACUGCGAGGGUCUCAAAGGAGGAGCAGAGGAGACAGAGGAUAGCAAAAAAAGAAAACGGAAACCUUACAGGCCUGGAAUUGGAGGUUUCAUGGUGCGACAAAGGAAGUGUCACACACGGAUGAAGAAAGAAUUUUUUGCCCAGCUGGCUGGAGAGACUACGUUAGAUGGACAGCCAAUAGAGCGAACCAUUGACGAAGGACCUCACCCUGACACAGAUAACAUAAUGGAUCCUAAACCAGUGGAGGGCGAGGAACAGGCCAAGAAACGUCGGGGACGGAAGAAGAGCAAACUUGAGGACAUGUUUCCAGCUUAUCUACAGGAGGCUUUCUUUGGGAAGACGCUAAUAGACUUGAGUAAGAAAGCUGUGAUGAUACCCCCAGGGCAGAGGCCAGGUGCAUGUCUUAUCCGACCUUCAUUACCAGCUACAUCAGGGGUCAAAACUACUGCCCCAGAGACUGAGGAUCGUGUGGUGAAAGAUAAUUUUCCUCUCAAGCAAGAGGGGGGUGAGGCCCCCCAGGCUCAGGGAGAAGGUGCAGGGGUUUCUGCACCAUCCUCAUCGCUGAGGGACCAGGCGUUGACUGAUCCUCAUGACUCUGAUGCAGAAAAAAGUGAAGGUCUUCCGCAAGGGGUGGAGAGUCAAGACUCUGAGCAGUUCUUCAGAAAGGUUCUGGGAGUGUCAGACGGCUCCUCUUUGGGGGGCAUGAAGCCCAUCUUGGAGGGCAGUAAGGGAGAACUCAAUCGUAGCGCUCUGCCGCAGAGAGCUCUCCUCUCAGGGUCCCUGCCCUCAGCUGGAAUGAUGGAUGCCUUUCCUGGCCUCUCUCAGUCACCGUUCUUUGAUAUGCGGGACCGAGGAGGACUGUUCAGUCCAGAAGGGGGUGAGGAAAGCCCCUGGGCAACUCCUUCCACCCCAGCAACCCCCUCCUCCCCACCGACCCCCACUGAGGCAGAAGGCGAUGGGCUGUCCUACAACCAGCGCAGUCUCCAGCGCUGGGAGAAAGAUGAGGAGCUGGGAGAACUCUCAACCAUUUCCCCUGUGCUUUAUGCCAACACCAACUUUCCAACUCUCAAACAGGACUACCCAGACUGGGCUAGUCGCUGUAAGCAAAUCAUGAAGGUCUGGAGGAAGGUGUCCGCUGCUGACAAGGUUCCAUACCUGCAAAAGGCCAAAGAUAACCGAGCAGCUCAGAGGAUCAACAAGGCGCAGAAGCAGGCAGAAAGUCAGGUGUGCAGGCCAGUCAAGACAGAGGGAGUGCGUGUGAAGACAGAACGCCCCAGUUUACACCUCCAGAUCCCUCCACCUUCAGGCUCUACGUCAAUCUCUUCCCAGCCCAGCUCUGCAGAAAGCCCAUUUCCCUUCCCUCCAGAUUCAGGAUCAUCCUCUGUCUUUUUCUCAGAUGGACCUGUUAAGACGCCGGGAUCAGCUGAAAUCCGGACAGAUCCCUUGGCCAUGCUUCCUCCUCAGUCUCCCCAUUCUCACUCUCACCCAAACACACCCUUCUCCCAUGCUGGGGCCAGCCCCUUACAGGCCUCUUCCUCAGGUUAUUCCGCUUCCGGCCCACAGGGUCCUCCUCAGGGACGGCCAGCCAGUCUUGGCCCCUUUGACAUGCAACCAGGAACUCCUGGAACCCCCAGACGGGCUCAGCAGGUUGACCCCUACUUCAGAUCACAGCUGCAGCAGCAACAGGGUCAUCAAUCACAGCAAGGCUCUCAGGAGUCCCUAGGUCCUCCAGAAAGUCCUCAUUCAAGAGGCGCAGGGCUUGGGGAGUCGCCCAUCUUCUCGCCACCCCACAAUACCCACUAUGGAGACCCUUACAGAACCCAGCAAGGGAUGGGACGGCCAGAGUAUGGUUUAUCCCCAUCACCCUCUGCAGUAGCUUCCUCACCUGCAAGCACAGGGCAGUACAGGGCUGAAAUGAGUGCACCUUCUCCACGCUCCUCUGCAGUUGGAAGACCUGAUCUAUCCACUGGCUCUCCUGCUGGGAUGCUGGAGUCUGGAGAUGGUUUAUUCAAGGCACCUAUGACACCACGAAUGCACCAAGGGGAAGGUGGGGCACUUCAUCCUGGAGCUUCCCCUAGCCACCACUCUGAAGGCUACAGGCAGUCUCCCUCCCACCCUUUCUCUGACCCCCACAGUCAGCCACCACUGACUCCCAGGCCGCAGUCAGGUGACAAUUGUUCUCUUGGACCCCAGAGACACCCUGUAGCUCAACAGGAACUAUGCCCUAGAGUGCCCUCCAGCCCACAGUCCCAGGGCAGCUCUCAGUCUCCCCACACUCCUGGUUGCCUCUCCAAUGAUGCUUACUCUGUCCAUUCUCCUGCUACCCCUCGUUUCCAAUCCCCAGACCCUUGUUCUCAGCCACCUUCAAGGCCACAAUCUAGAGACCCUUUUGCUACUAUCCACAAACCCCCUCGCCCCCCUUCUGUUGCCCCAGAGGGAACUGCAAGUUACAAAAGCUCACCUCAUCCUAAUCAGCCACCUCCAUCCCAUCCCACCAACAGUUCUAUAGGGGAUCCUCUCUCUGGUAAACCGUCAGCACCUCCUACCUUCAGCUGCAGCCCUAGCACGGGAGGCUUCCAAAUAACCCAACAGCAGAAUCAGAUGUUACAGGGUCAUCUUCAGCAACAACAGCCACAAACUCAGCAGACUAUCGGGGCAGACAGCUUCAGCUCCAGGGUGCCAGCUCUUUCUGGAUCUCAAGAACUUCCAGCUGUCCGCCCUCCAGACACACCUCUUCAGCCAGCUUUGCCAGGCACUCAAGAAAUGCCUGAUAUUUCAGCAGUGCAGGACCCUGCAUUAGUAGGCCUUAGCCCUUCUGAGCUAGAGAAGCACCGACAGCGACUGAGACUGAGGGAAUUCUUAAUCAGACAACAAAUGCAGAGAAAUUCCAUUAGACAAGAGAAGGAGGCUGCUGCUGCUGGCAGUGCAUCCCCUGGCUGGUCUGGAGGAGAGAUGGGAGCCUUUCAACAAGACAAGGCCCACAGAGCACCACCACCUUAUCCACAGGAUCGUGUUGCUGCAACUACUGCUGGACCCCAGGCUUCUGUUGCAGGGAAGAUGCCCAUGGCUGUUGGAGGUAUGGAGGACAAGCUCAUUCGCCCACCACCUGCAGGAACCCCUGCCAUUAUGGAUCCUAGUGCACUAAGGCCACCAGGGCCCACCAGACCUCAGGGCGUGUUUGCCCGUCCACCCUUCCCUCCUCAGUGGCAAGGCCAGGCUCCAGGUCCAAGGAGGUUCCCCCAGCCUGGCAUGGAGGCCAUGGGCUUAAGGCCCAAUCUUAACCCUGCUGUCAACAUCCAGGGUAUGGAAGGCAUGGGUAACCCUCAUGCCAUGAUACCAGGAAAUGGAGGAGAGACCAUGCAGCCAAUGGGUCAAGGACCCCCACCACAAUUCAUUGAAUUGAGACACAACUCACAGAGGCUACCCCUACGACCUCAGUUUAUGCCCCGUGGACCCCAGCCCAGACAACGUCUCUUUGUCCCACAGCAAGAGAUGGCAGCACCUUAUGUUCAACAACAUCCCAUAGCUCAAGCUGGAGGCAUUCAAACAGAGGGGGGCAGCAACUCGCAGCUAGGGUUACAGCAGGGUGGACUUUCGGUUUUACUGCCUCAGCAGUCUACAGGCCCAGUAAGACAACAGUCCCAUCUGCAGCCCCAGGCAGCUUCUUCCACUCCAAACAUUCCUAGCAGUGAGCAGCAUCAGCUUCGACAACCAAGCCUAGUCUCACAGUCCCAGCCUGCCACGGCAGAAAAUAGUGAGGAACUGCCAGAGCCUGACCUUGAGGAGCUUGGGGAUGCCCCAGGGGAUGGAGGUGUGGAGGAUGAGGACGAUUUGGCUCUAGACUUGGACCCUGACAAAGGAGAUGAUGACUUAGGCAACCUGGACAACCUUGAAACCAAUGAUCCACAUCUAGACGACUUGCUUAACAGUGAUGAGUUUGACUUGCUGGCUUACACCGACCCUGAACUGGACCAAGGAGACCCUAAAGAUGUCUUCUCAGACCAGCUGCGGUUGGUGGAAGCAGAAAGUGAAGCACCUUCAUCUUCCUCUGGAUCUGCGCUUGUUAAAGUGGAAGGAAAAGCUAAGCUGGAGCCAGGGCAGAAGUCUCUCACAACAGCCCCUGCCACUAAAAGGGGGUCUGCUACCCAACUGCUACCCUCUGCACAAACUGUUGACACCUCCAAGGUCAAAGUAGAGGACAGAGGGCUGACUCAGCUGCAUCCAGGACAGACUGUGGUGAAAGAUGAAAUAGGAGAGGCUGUGUCAAUGCUUCUUGGUGGGACCACACCAUCAGCCAAGCCUGCACAACCAGAAAACCAGUCAGCUUCACUUAGUUCUGUUCGAUUAGGGGGACUUCCCUACCCCCUGCCAGGUCAAGCUGAUGAAUUGCCUUUUCCUCCAGCUGCUCCACAUGCAGAUAUUGGUGAGGAUCCGCUGGGACUGCCUGAUGUAGGGGGACAGCACUCCCCUGCUGUAGAUUUAGCAAAGGUAGAGAGCUCUUUAGAUGGUGAACUGCCCCUUCUAAUACAGGAUCUGCUGGAGCAUGAGAAAAAGGAACUACAGAAGCAGCAGCAACAGCAACAGCUCAGUUCCCUCCACCAGGCAGGCAUGGCACCUAAUUUUCCUGGCCUCUCAGGCCAACAGCCGAAUCCACAGGCACCUGGACAGAUAAUGCUGCCAAACCACCAUCGUCCACCACCACAAGGAAUGAUGGCUCAGCCAGGGAUGGUACACCGUGCUCCACACAUGUUGCAACAUCAGCAGCAGCAGCAAAGGCUUAUGGGAACUGGAAUGGCACCUCCACCUCACAUGAACAUGGCCCAGCAGCAAGCCAUGGUUAGGAUGGGGCAGCCAGGGAUCCAUACAGGUGUCAGUCAUCCACCGCAGCCAGUGGUGAAACCACCUCUGGCCAACAACUUCUUCCCAGAUAAAGAUUUAGACAAAUUUGCUACUGAUGACAUCAUGGAUCCCAUUGCCAAGGCAAAGAUGGUGGCACUUAAGGGUAUCAAGAGAGUGUUGGCCCAGGAUCCAAUGGCUGUUCCCUCUGGCAUUAACAGGCAACAAGUUUCUUUGCUUGCUCAGAGGCUGGCCUCGGCACCAGGCACAGAUCCAGCUCAACUUACAUCUGGACCUCCAAAGGAGGGAGAAACGAGUGAUCCUACCCAGUCGAGACCUAAUCCUCCCCAGUUUGUGCAAGGAAUCAUCAAUGAUGCAGAACAGCACCAGUAUGAAGAAUGGCUUCUUCACACCCAGCAGUUACUCCAAAUGCAGUUGAAAUUUUUGGAGGAACAGAUUGGAGUUCACCGCAAAUCACGCAAGGCACUGUGUGCUAAGCAACGCACUGCUAAGAAAGCUGGCAGGGAGUUUGCUGAGGCAGAUGCAGAGAAACUAAAGUUGGUUACAGAAGAACAGAGCAAAAUUCAAAAACAGCUUGACCAGGUACGCAAGCAGCAGAAGGAGCACACCAAUCUCAUUGCAGAGUAUAGAAGCAAGCAGCAGCAGCAUCAGCAAAGCUCAGGUAUUCUUACCCCAGGUCAUUCUGCACAGGGGCCCCCCCCUCACAUGUUUUCCAAAAUGCCUGGCCAGAUGAUGAUGGGCCAACAGGGAACACCAGUAAUGGGCCAGCACCCUGGUGUGAUACCCCAAGGUGGAAUGCCUGUCAGGAUGCCCCAAGGGCAGCCCUUUAUUGGUGGAGCCCAACCCCAGCUUCCUGCAGCUCUCGGAGCCAGUGGUGCCAGUGGUGUCAGGGCCCCAGGUCCUCCUGGGGCUCCAACAGGAUUCUUCCCACAGGGGCCUGGAAUGCAAGGUGCAGAUCCCAGGCUUCUCCAAGAAAGACAACUCCAACAUAGGAUGCAGAUGGCAAAGCUCCAGCAACAACAACAACAGCAGCAGCAGGUGAUGAUGGGCCAGCAACCGAUGCCACACCCAAAUAAACAGUCUGGCUUAAUUGCUCAGCCACCGUCCGGUAUGAUGGGAAACCCACUGAUGGCCCAACAACAAGCAAACACUCAACAGGGAAUGCUAGGCAACCAGGCCAGUCCGCAGAGCAUGGUGCAGGUUCCACAAGGAAUGGUUGGAGUCCAGUCUGUGGCUCCACUGCCACAGAACCUUGUAGGAGGCCAGCCUAUUAACCAUGCUCAAGCCAUGAUGGCAGUUCAACCAGGGAUUAUGGGAAACCCGCCAGUUGCAUCAUCACAGCAACAGAGGCCUCAGCUGAUGAUGGGUCAGCAGGGAAUGAUUGGCUCUCCAGGUCAUCCAGGCCUCAGGGGUCCCCAUGCCCAAUUGACUCCACAACAACAAAACAUUCUGGCCCAACGCAUGCUUGCAUCUCAGCAACAGCAACAGCAGCAGCAGCAAAAUGUUGCAAAGAAUUUGGCCCACCUUCAGCAGCAGCAGAUGGCACAGCAAAGACAACAAACGCAGUUGAUGAGUCAAAACAGCCAAGAGCAGGGAGUGCUCUCCCAACCCUCUACCCCACAGAUGGGCUCCUCACCUUCAGCGGGAAGUAUCACGCCACAGGGAGCUACAGACAACCAAAACUCAGGCCCUAGAGAGGGUGGGAUCCUCAGCCCUGAUUCAAGAACGCCACCUCAACAGAGUGGACCCUCCACUCCCAAUCAGAUGUCCCAACUAGGCUCUGGAAAUGAUCAAACUGAUUUGGGACGACAGCAAUUACAACAGCAGCAGCAUCAAAACCAGGUUUUUAUGGCCCAGCAGCAACAAUCAAAUCCUCAGUCUGUACCUGAGCAACAAACGGGUUUGGUUGGAAACCAACAAACUGGUGUGCUUCAGCAACAACUUCCACUCAGUCUUCAGAGGCAAGGUUCCCUCAGUGUUGACAAGCCCAUUUUGAUGACUGUUAAAGAGGAAGGGAAACCAAUUGAUUUCUUAGCUCAGCAGCAACAACAGCAAACAGUUCAAAAUGCCAUGCAGCAGUCACAAGAUUCCAACAUCCAGCAGCAGAUCAUAGUCCAGAACCAUCCUGGCCAGCCACAGUCUGUUGUGAUGGGCCAUAGUCCACAACAACAAGCCCUCAUGGCCCAGCAGCAAAAACAACAGGCCAUGAUGGGCAUGAUGAGAGCCCAGCAGCAAGGGAUGAUGGCACAGAGGCCUGUGGUUCCACCUGGACAGAUCCGCACCCCUAUCAACAUCCAGGCUAUUAUUGCCCAGAAUCCUCAGCUCCGCAAUCUUCCCCCAAACCAGCAGAUACAGCACAUUCAGGCCAUGAUUGCCCAGAGGCAGCUCCAACAGGGACAGAUGCUGCGGAUGUCAAUGGGUCAAGGCCAGCAAAGUCAGUUGAGGCCUCACAUGCCACCAGGACAGAUGCCACAGGUUGUGCAGCAGAUGCCAUAUGGAGCCAUGGGGAAGCCAGGAGCAGUGGGCACUCAGCAACAAUCAGGCAUGUUGGGCCAACAACCUGGUGUUGCUCCUCAGAUGCAGCAGGGGAUGAUAGUCCCUGGGCAACAACAGCCACAAGUAGGAGAGAUGAUGCAGCAACAUAUUAUGAGAGGCCAGGUACCAGUGCCACCUACACCCAUGGACCAGGGCCGUAUGGUUAGGCCAACGUCUCCACGUCAGCCAAUAGCCAACUCUCCUGGGCAUGCAUUUAAUCAAGCUAUGGGGAUGCGUCCACCUACUCCCAACCAGAACCAACAAGCACUAUUGGCAGCUGCGGCAGCCCGCAUGCAGGGUUCUCCAUCUCAUGCAUAUUCUCCAAGGGGUCCCUUUGGCAUGAGCCCGGCCCACCCGGCCUCACCUCAUUCAUCCAGUGUCUCCUCACCUUCUGUAGCUGACAGUAGGGCUGGAAGGGGGAGUCCAUACAGUCAUGUCAAGGCAUCUCCACUCAGGUCACCUGGAGCCAAAAGUCCGCUUGAUUGUCCAGGACUGAAAGUAGAAGCUCUGUCAUCAGGCAAUGACACAUCUCAUUCAGCCUCAGUUAUCCCCAAUGGGCCACAGAAAGGCAUGAAUGUUCAGCAGCAGUCGCAGCAGGUCACAGAGACCCAUGGUUCUCACACACAACAUGGCUCUAGAGUAGGGGAACUAUGCAAGAUAACUCUACAGAACAUUAAACAGGAACCAAGAGAGGUUCAGUGUGAUGGUGCACCAGAGGCUCAUCCUGGGGCUAUAAAGCGAGAAACAAUGGGUGAGGCAAUUUCUUCUGGGAACAACACUAGCUUUAUUAAUGCUGGAAACCUGGCUGGAGACCCUGGGACUCAAGGCCCUCGAUCUGAGACUGGACAGCAACUACUACAGAAACUUCUGAGAACCAAGAACCUUCAGCUUGGUGCUCAGAGGCCUUCUGAAGGCAUCCACAAUGAGAUAAAUGGCCACAUCAACAGCAAACUAGCAAUGCUGGAACAAAAACUCCAAGGGACUCCACGAAAUAUGGAGGAUUUACAGUCUAUAACAAAAAGGGCUCCUGCACAAAAGCCAAAGCGCACUAAUAAGGCAACUGGAGACCGAGGGCCUAACGCACGGAAGAAGAAUAAGAAGGAAGAAGUAGGAAAAAGUGCUGAAGCCCUGAUUAAGCAACUUAAACAGGGUCUCUCUCUGUUGCCCCUGAUGGAGCCUUCAAUCACUGCCAGUUUGGAUCUGUUUGCCCCUUUUGGAAGCAGCCCAGCCAAUGGCAAAGCCCAGCUCAAAGGAUCUUUUGGGAAUGCAGUGCUGGAGAAUAUCCCAGACUACUAUUCUCAGUUACUCACAAAGAGUAACCUCAGCAACCCACCAACACCCCCAUCUUCCCUGCCACCUACUCCUCCGCCUUCAGUACAGCACAAGCUGUUGAAUGGAGUGACUACUGUGGAGGAGCUUUCUGAGGGUCAGAAAGACACAGAGCCAGCAGAAGAGCGAAUGGAUUCUGUUAAAGAGGAGGUGAAGAGUGUAGACAUUCUAGCAGCUCUCCCCACCCCACCACAUAACCAGAAUGAGGACAUCAGGAUGGAGAGUGAUGACGAGGAUGCCCCAGAAAGCAUCAUCCCGGCAUCAUCCCCUGAGAGUAACGUAGGAGAUGAAACGCCACGUUUCCCUCACCUACGGGAGCCUAAAGAGGAGGAGACGGAGAGAGCAAUAUCCCCCAUCAUCCCCCUCAUACCCCGUACUGCCAUCCCAGCAUUCCCAGAAAACAAACCAUUUGAGGCAGCAGAUAGCAAGGUGGUUUCCACAGCUAACCAUUGGGACCAGGCCAAGAACAACGAAGUGUCUGUUACCUUCACGUUGUCCUCUGCUGCAGCUAAGAAACUGAACCAUGUCAUGAUGGCCAUGGCCCAGCUGCUUAAUAUUAGGAUGCCAGGUUCUUAUGAGGUGACCUUCCCUCCCCAAAACCCUGACAUGCCUGGAGUAGACGGGCCUGGGAAAGGACCUGACCAGUCAGGGGCUCUGUGUACAAAAGACAGUGCUUCACCCAGUCAGGAUGAGUGGCUAAGGCAAUUUGACGUGUCUCUACCAGGCUGUACAUUAAAGAAACAAGUGGACAUUCUGGCACUUAUUAAACAGGAAUUCUCAGAAAAAGAAGACAAACCGGCCCAGCACUGUUACACAACCAAAGUAAAUGACUUAGAUGUACGCCACCUUCCUCCUAUACCAGUGGAAGAAUCUCCACCCCCAUCACCAUCCCCUCCACAUCCUCCCCCACCUGUCCCAGUUCCAACUAGUGAAGCUGAACCUUCCAAAAAAUCUGCUUCUCCAUCCCCGCCUCCCUCCACUCCCACCAUAGUCCAGAUCCAGAUCAAGACUGAGCCUGAACAGGAUGAUGGUCCUCCUAUUGAUGCUGUUCAACCAACUGAUAUCAAAGAGUCUGAAGUUGCUGCUCAACCAGCUGAAGUCACAGAGUCUGAAGUUGCUGCUCCAGACCCGGUCACUGAUCCAGCGACUGCCUCUGUAGUUCCAGAUCCCACUGCUCCUACUGAAGAUCAUCUGAUUACUGCUAUCAAGGAGGAGUACUUGGCCACUGAUCCAGCUCAACCUCCUCAAGAUUCUCACAACAACAUGGAGUCUUCCCCUAAGGCUGUCAAGCAGCGCAGGCCUCUCUCCCCUAAUGAGGAGGUGGUACAUCCCAAAGUGAAAAAAUGGAAGGGGAUUCGCUGGAAGCGCCUUCAGAUUGUCAUCACAAUACGUAAGGGUGGGUCUAAGAAAGAGAGCAGCCGUGAAGUGUCUGAGCUAAUGGAACGCCUGCGCAUUACUCUUCGACCAGACAGACUGCCUCGGGAUAAACGUAAAUGCUGCUUCUGCCAUGAGGAAGGUGAUGGAGCCACAGAUGGGCCUGCCCGGUUGCUGAACAUUGAUGUGGACUUGUGGGUGCACCUCAACUGCGCCCUGUGGUCCACAGAGGUGUAUGAGACGCAGGGGGGUGCCCUCAUCAAUGUGGAGGUAGCCCUGCGUCGGGGAUUGCGGACUCUUUGUGCCUACUGCCAGAAAACAGGUGCUACAAACAGCUGCAACAGAAUGCGCUGCCCGAAUGUCUACCACUUCGCCUGUGCCAUCCGGGCACGCUGCAUGUUCUUUAAGGACAAGACCAUGUUGUGCACCCAGCAUAAGCUGAAGGGCCCCAGUGAAGACGAACUCAGCAUGUUUGCUGUUUUACGGCGUGUCUACAUUGAGCGUGAUGAGGUGAAGCAGAUUGCCAGCAUCCUACAGCGAGGUGACCGUAUCCACCUGUUCCGUGUUGGUGGUCUCAUCUUUCAUGCUGUUGGCCAGUUGCUGCCAUCCCAGAUGGCCAACUUCCACUCACCCACUGCCAUCUUCCCUGUUGGCUAUGAGGCCACACGCAUCUACUGGAGCACGCGUGUGCCCAACAAGCGCUGUCGCUACCGCUGCCGCAUUAACGAGGAUGACGGUCGCCCCCUCUUCGAGGUGCGUGUUCUGGAGCAUGGCAUGGAGGAUUUGCAGUACCGUGAAACUACUCCAGAGGGGAUCUGGGAACAGGUGGUCCAGCAGGUGGCUAAAAUCCGAGAGGACUCAUCCAUGUUGAAGCUGUUCACUGAACAUGUCAAGGGAGAGGAGAUGUAUGGCCUCACAGUUCAUGCUGUUAUGCGAAUCACUGAGUCGUUGCCUGGAGUGGAGAACUGCCAGAACUACCAGUUCCGAUAUGGCCGUCACCCUCUGAUGGAGCUCCCUCUUAUGAUCAAUCCUACUGGCUCUGCUCGGUCUGAGCCCAAAGUCCCCACACAGUGCAAGAGGCCUCACACUCUAAAUAGCACCAGCGUGUCAAAGGCCUACCAGAGUACCUUCACUGGAGAGCUCAACACACCAUACAGCAAGCAGUUUGUUCACUCCAAGUCGUCCCAAUAUCGGCGCCUGAAGACUGAGUGGAAGAAUAACGUGUAUCUGGCACGAUCCCGCAUUCAGGGCCUGGGUUUGUACGCUGCUAAGGAUCUGGAGAAGCACACAAUGGUUAUUGAGUAUAUUGGCACUGUCAUACGCAACGAAGUGGCCAAUCGGCGUGAGAAGGUCUACGAGGAACAGAACCGCGGGAUCUACAUGUUCCGCAUCAACAAUGAGCAGGUGAUAGAUGCCACUCUGACAGGAGGCCCAGCUCGCUAUGUCAACCAUUCCUGUGCCCCGAACUGUGUUGCAGAAGUUGUAACGUUUGACAAAGAAGACAAGAUUAUCAUAAUUUCCAGCCGCAGGAUCCCCAAGGGGGAAGAGCUGACUUACGACUACCAGUUUGAUUUCGAGGACGAUCAGCACAAAAUCCCUUGCCAUUGUGGAGCCUGGAAUUGCCGAAAGUGGAUGAACUAACCAGAAGAAAGAGAGAAAAAUGGAGAAUUCCCCUCUAAGUGGUGCCAGACUCCUGCGCCAAAGCCUUUGAAUCCUACAUAGCCAGUGCAUAAGCUGUUCUGAAAGAUGUGGAGGAAAGCUGCCCUCCUUCAUUGAAAGACUAAAGCGUUGACACCUGUAGCCAAAGGUUUGAAGAGCAUUAAUCAAUAAAAGCAACUGACCACCUCCAUCAACAGCAGUUUGAUGGUGGGACUAACUUUCAUGUUUGGACUAGUGAAUCACCUUUUCCUCAGCCAAACCCCCCCCACCCCACCUCACCCCCGACUGUCAAUAUUCUUACAGUGGCUGGAAAACAAUCCUCAACAUCUACCAAAUGAUUCUGACCCUCUGAUAUCAAUACUCGUAGUGCAGAGCUCACCUUGAGCUUCGACAAAAAGCCAUUUUAAAAUGCUAAGAAUGAACUGAUGAUGCAUUUUUAUGUUUUGAGUCGGACCUAUUUCCUGUCCCUCCUGACCACACCUCCCCCUCACCUCCCAGAAAAGGCACUUUCCCAUCAAGUCAUCAAUGAAGACAACACGGAUAUUGGCUAGCUAGACAAUCUUGAUGUGGCUCUGUAUAAGAGCUACAUAUGAUCGAUGGGGGAAAAAAAAGAUGUAAGUUAAUAUAAAAUUUCAGAUGCUAUGGAUGUGUGGCGCCAGAGGCACCAGAUGUUCUGACUGUGUGGAGUCCCAAGGUGGGUUAGUCGGACCCAGUCUACCUCAUUGAUUUAGCGGGAAGUGACUGCUUUGUAUAAAAACUGUUAACUGCUACUGUGGAAAGGGGGGGAGGGGGAAUGUUUUUAUGGGCUUAGCCUUCUCGGACAAGCAGGGAAUCUUAAGCAGCAGGUUUGCUCUAUCUACUCUAUGCUGAUGAUGAUUUACAAUAAUGAGCCAACAUAGUUAUUAUUCAUUAAUUGUUUAUACAGAGGAAAUAUAUGACAGUUUUGAUAAGAUAUUGCAUUAAAAUCACAAUCAGAUGCUUAGCGGGUGUCUUGUAUGCCACCAAAUCCUCCUGGACAUUGAUGUAGCUUUCUUUUUGUUCUUUUUUAUUUAUGCUUUUCAAAAAACAAGUUAUCAGCUGUGUGAAAGCACAAUAACAUCCACCUUUUGAGUUGCUUAAAGACCAUAAUGGUGUGAGUGAAUGGCUCCAGGAUCAGAGGACACGUAGUCUUUGAAGAAGACUUUGCUGUCCAAAAAAAACCCAAGUACACAUUUGCGUGUUGCUUCACACAUUAAAGUUCCACUUGCUGGAAACCAGCCUGUGGAUGCAUGACUACUGUCCCAUUAAAUGCUUUUUUCCCCCCCCUUACAAAUCAAUCUUUUCACAACUCAACCUUAGACUUUAAAUCAUGCCUCUUGCUCUCUGUAUUAUUUAGUGGACUGUUGUUAAACUUUACUGUCGUAAGUAUUCCUCUGCCUGAGUACAGCCUGCAGUGUUUCUACUUCCCCUGUAGUGUGCUUUUCUAGUGCUGGUACUGUCCUCUCAAGGCUGAACUGAUGGCAGGGAAAGACUUAUUGGAAAAAAGGGCAUUUGUUUUCAUUUCUAUGUAAGAUGAAAGAAAAAAAAGUCUUUAAAGGGAGCUUUACUAAAACUCCACCUUUCCAUACUACUUUGUUCCCCCCUCCCCCUAACCUAAGACCUCACAUGAUUUAAAAAUGCAAAGUUGUACAAACUGUAUAUAUAGUAUAUGCAUUAGGGGACAGCAACUCUUUAUCCAGCCCCUUUGUAAUCAAUAAAGUCAAACGUGUAGAGAAAUAAAAUUGAAAAAAAAAUUCAACCACUGGAUAUCAUUUUAACAGAGAUAAAGCUGUAUAUAAAUAUAAAUAUAUGUAAAAUGGCAAACUAAUAUCUUUAUGUAUAUGAACCAGAGUGUUUUGCAUUUACCUGUUUUUCUAUUAGUGUUUUUGCUAUAAGCUCUCAGAGACAAGUUUGUUAAAGAAAUGUCUGGUCUUCUCCAAUCAGUUGCGACGAGAAGCCGAUGUAAUUACAUAACUGUUUGGAUUCAUGUGGAGGGUCGUAAAUUAGACAUGAAAAUCACUUAUUGCGUAAAGCAGUACAAUGGUGCAUAGCAUUUGUAUUUAUGUAAUAUUGUUCGUGUUUAUUUUUCUUUUUAUUUAUGCUACUGCUUGUUGAUUACCAAAACCUGUCCCUUAAUCUGUCACAAUUGGAUUAAUAUACUCUUGAAUGGAAAAUCUUGAAUUCCCUUGAAUAUUGUUAGUGUUUUGCUUUUUUAUAUCUUCCCUAUAGAAGUGAAUGUGUUGGUAAACCUUGUGAAAUGGUUACUUGGCCUAAUGUAUGUUAUGAUGUAAUACUCAAAGUUAAUCCCAUACUUAACCUGGUAAUGAAUUGCACUCUCAUAGUAUAAAGGAAAACUUCUCUAAAGUGGUAGAUAUUGAUCAAGUAUCAAGCAGUGAUAUAUAUAUUUUUUGGUAUGUUUCUAUUUCAAGGGAAGACCAUGACAAGACAUUAUGACGCUCACUGGAUUUUAGCCUGAAUAAUUUUUAACUUCUCUGAAUCUUAAUUUAAGUUCUCUGCAUAUCUUAUAAUUUAAUAAAGUUUGCUCAAAUUGAAGGUUUUUUUUAACCUCACCUACUUUUUAAAAAGAUGUUGCAUCUGUACAGCAGAGAUACUUUUAGGGAUUAUGAAUAAAUAUAAUGAUCAUUUUUAUUGUAUGUGGCAUGUUUUGUAUGGAUAUUAUUUUGAAUUGUACAUAUUUUUUUCAGGAAGCCAGAGGUUGCAUCUCUUUAUAUACAGCUUUCCCACUCCCUUCCCCCUUCAUCUUAUUUCUUUGUCUGCUUUUGUUUCUUGUAAAGGAAAAUAAAAUGCAUUUUAAAUA